AUGAGGGCAAAGAUUAAAGGCAGGCUACGAAAAUAUGAUUCCACGGGAAGUCACUCGUUUGAGGAACAACUGGAAAAUUGUUAUUAUGAAGGUACUGUAAACAAGUCUCUAACUUCGUUUGUUGCAAUUUCUACCUGCAAUGGACUGCGUGGUAUAAUUAACGUUGGUAAUGGAAUAUCGUAUGGAAUUUGGCCUUUAGAAGGCGGCGAGCAAAACAGAGGACGAAGACCACAUCUCCUUUAUGUUACUCGUUGGUCUCGCGAGGCUGUGUGCGGCAGUAAUGUCCCAAAGAGUGAUCACAGUUUGUCAAAGAUUCAAAGGAAGCGUGACGUUACUCAGCAGAUCAAAUACUUCGAGUUAGCAGUGAUCGCUGAUCAUUCAUACAUAACGGAUUUCAAUUUUUCCGAAAAGAAAGCUGUCGACUUUUUAUUAGAAGCCAUAAAUAUCGCUGACUCGGUUUUCUUCUUUAACUUCAACAUUCGGCUGUCUGUUGUAUAUUCUGAACUGUGGUUUGAUUCACAGCGUGUCAGUGCAGAUAAGGAUAUAGAGAGGACUUUAAGUGAAGCAGUCGCUUACGUCACGGAUCCUUUGUACCAAAUUAAAAAGGAUGUUACGGUCUUUUUAACCCGCGAACGAUUUACCAACAAUGAAACAGGAAGCGGCACUUUUGGCGACGCUUGUUCUUCUAGAGCAACUGCUAUCGUUACGUCCUUCUAUGUCCUUACUCGCUUCGCCUUUUUGAUUGAUGUUCAGCAAUCCUUUAUUAAAAUGCUAUAA